AUGGCGCACCUCACCCCUCCCCACCCCCACCAGACGCACACCACCACGCGCCUCACCCACGCGGAAGCCCACGACUUCCUCUCCUCCUUCCUCACCCUCGCCGACACCAACGCCGCCUACCGCCCGGACAGCACCCUCACGGACCACGGCCCCGUCUCAGCCUCCGCCGGCGCCGGCACGAACCUCACGCUCUCGAACCUGCGCCGCGUCUGCUACGGCAUGGAAGGCAAGCGCGUCGGCAUAUCGCUCUCAACCUCCGCAGCAGCCGAAGGUGACGCCGCGGACGAGAAGCAGACGCAAAGGCCAACGAAACGAGCGCGUCGGGAGGUCGAGAUGGACGCUGACGGGGAGGUGGUGCUGGAAGAGGAAGGUGGCGCCGAGGGCCAAUGGCAAGACAAAGACGAUUUCGAGCUGGAGCAAGAAGACGUGGUGCAACCGGUGGCGGAGGCGGAGGCGGAACAGCCGCAAUGGGGCGGUGAAGACGACGACGACGAUGCUGAGCAAGGCGGAGAAGGAGGCGAGGAAGGCGGCCAAGAAGGCGAGGAAUAA